GGAGCGUUUGCUACGGACAGUGGAGUGGCUGGUGACCUUGCUGCUGCUGCGUGUCUGCUGACAUUAAAGACCGUCCAGGAAAAGCAUCAUAACCCCAAAUCUACCUGCAAUGUCGCAUUUAUCAGUGCCUCCGUUGCCCACUUCGGGGUUCCGGUUUUCAAAAGAGCACUUGAUUGUUGCGCUGCCUGUGGCGGUGGUCGCAGCUGCGGGAGGUUUCCUUGUCAGUAAUUACCUGAGUGGGCGGAGCUGUAAGAAGGGACAAGUCAACACGUGUUUCUGCAAAGACAGUCCCAAAGUGGUCCACAGCUUCGACAUGGAGGACAUCGGCACCAAAGCGGUCUACUGCCGCUGCUGGAGGUCAAAGCAGUUCCCUUAUUGUGACGGUUCCCACACCAAGCACAACGAAGAAACCGGUGACAACGUUGGACCACUCAUCAUCAAAAAGAAGGAUGCAUAAAUCAACCAACCAGAGAGCUCCAUUCUCCCUUGAUCUCCUCCACCUGGUCUCAAUUUGUCUUGCCAUUUAUAACCAUUACAACGCUGCACUGUUUACAGUUGAUCUCCCGCCCCUCCCAAAUUAAAAUAAUAAUAAGUCAUGCUAUAAUCUUCAUAAUCCAGUAUUGAAUGCUGCAUUCAGGUAUACUCUGAAGGUUCCAUCCUCCAUGCUCUGCUCAGAUAGUGUUGUAAAUGUGAUUUUUAAUUUGAGCUACUCCACGUGGUCUCUUCACUACUUUAUGAAUCAAAGAUUGUUUGAGGUAAGAUUAAAAAGGGACUUUGACCUUCAGAACAGACUGAGGUGUUAUAACUGUACUGUGACAUAUUGAACAACAUACCAUGAAGAGUUCAGCACAAGUGGUCAGUGUAUGUGAUGAACUCUGUGAACAGACACUGUACUGAGGUGUGACACCCGUGUUGUUGUCACCUUUUCCUCCUCCUCUUCUUCAGUCCUCUUUUUAUGGACUGCAAGGUGUGGAGCACCAGCUGGAACAUAAGGCAGCCCUCACAUGGCCUCUCACUGAGUCCAGUUUUUCUUUAUAGUGUAGCACCGCACUUACACGCAGCACUUGCUGUUUAAAAAAAAAAAAAAAUAAGCCCACUUAUUAGGAAUUUACCUUCUAAAGUACACUUAAAACAAAACCUCAU